AUGCGGUUUUCCCUCGUAGUAAAUAAGGGACGAAAGCCCAAGUUUGACCUCCAUAUCAAGAUAUCCGAUCUCAACAAUGUACCACUCGUCUCGGGGGUGUCCAUCAUCAAAUGGUACCUCCCACAUAGCAUACAUGGCGAGCAUCGAGGUCGAACGCAGAAAUGCGCCAUCGUCAACCAUCGGGUCGAAUACAACUACUCUAAGGUUGUCCCGGUCCGUAUUGGUAUCGACCGCAACAACAACCUGAGCGAAUGCCCCAUUGAGUUUGAGGUCACGCAGGAGUUCAGCGCAGGCGGCCUGGCUGGCGCUGCAGGACGAGAUGAGAAGAUCGUCCUCGGCCUCGUCCGGCUGAAUCUCAGCGAGUACGUCGAAGAAAGCGAGGGGAUUCUCCGCGACGGGGUUACCGGAAACGCGGCCAAGGAAACUCUGGCUUCACCCAUCCAAAAACCAGCCACGCACCACCGCAAGCGCAGCUCGCUGAGCACCACCGCCUCGCCGGGGACCGAAGCUAGCCCCCGGUCCUCCCGUGACGAAGAACGCCCGGCGUCGGACGUCCAGGACGGCGUGGUCCGGCGCUACCUCAUGCAGGACAGCAAGAUCAACUCGACCCUAAGAAUCAGCAUCCUGAUGGUACAGGUGGAUGGGGACCGCACCUAUGUCGCUCCACCCCCCAAAUCAGCUCCCAUGUUUGGCGGCAUCGCCGGAUUCAUGGCGGGCGACGCGUUCGAGCCGGUAGACGUCGGUGCGACCACCCCAGGUCACCCUCCUUCAUCAUUCAGCGGCAAGUCCAGGGACAUAUUCGAGGUCCAGGAUGUGUACCGCCGCGCCCUAGCCGCGAGCUGGGCCAGCCAGCCGGGCGAGCUACCAGCCGACCAGUGCAUCGAGAACAUCUUCGGCGGAGGUGAAGGGUUCGCGCCCCCUCCUACUUCCCACACUAGAGGUCACUCCCGCCACCACACCAUGAUUGCCAAUCACGCCCGGGCCGGCGGCGCCGGCGUACGAGAGAAAUCAAACAGCCCGAGACGGCAUUUCCUCCGACACGACAGCCACAUGGGGGGUGGAGGCAGCGGGUACGCCUCGGAGGACGACGAGAACGCAGACACCAUGGGCACGCUCCGACCGCGCGACGUCACCCGUCUACGCCGGCACCUCCGCGACCAGAGCGUCGCAAGCGACCGAAGCGCCGCCACCAUCAUUCUCGAGCGUGACCCAGAACGUGAAUCAAGCCGCGCCAUCGGCCUCGCUGGCCCAGGACUCCGUGAGCCAUUCCCCUCGUUCCACCAGCAGCAGCAGCAGCAGCAGCACCCGCACCACCUGCAACACCGCCGAGAAGAGAGCAAGAUCACACACGACGGCGGGCUCCGCAGUCGCAGUUCGAGCUUGGUCAGUUUGGCGACGGCCACGGCCACGACGCUGGGGAGUGAUCGUGAUCGGGAAGGGAGGAGUGGAAGGGAGGGGGGGUUUAAACGGGCUAGGGAGGUGGAUGAGUUGGAGGUGAGGGAUGAUUUGGUUGCUUGGACUGUUCCGGGAGGGCAGCCGUAUUAA